UUUAGGGAAAAGUUUGUUUGCCUCAUAUCUUGCCAGAGAUCUUUGGUGACUUAACUCAACCGGCAUAAGGACCCAUAAGUCCUUUUUGUUGCCCACCCACCCCACUGUUUGUGCAGUGGGAUAUUUUUCCCAGGAGAACCAGGGAACCAUUUCAUCUGUUCGAAAUGACCAUGGGGACACACUGGUGUGCAAUAAGCCUGCUGGUUUUAUCGUUUGGUAUAUUUGUGCACUCUCUUUUUAAAUUUCAUGAUGGCCACACAAAACCGGGCCAAUGUCCAUCCAGCCUUCGGGGAUUCCCAUCAGGUGUUGGCUGCGAGUGUGAUGGAGACUGUCCUGACAACCACAAAUGCUGCGAAUACCACUGUGGAAAUUUCUGCUUGCCUCCUGUCUUCGUGAGGGCAGAGUGUCCUGACAAUCACUGGUCAGUUGGGACGUGUGUCAAUUCAUGCUCUGAUGACCAUCACUGCCCACAUGGUAAGAAAUGCUGCUUCAAUGGCUGUGGGCACGAGUGUACAGUACCAAAGAUAGUGAAGCCAGGCAGCUGCGGUUUCCCAAGCCUUACGUGUGAAAAGCUCUGCUCUGAUGACAGCAACUGCGAUGGAAAUGAAAAAUGCUGCAGUGCAUUCUGUGGUUUAGCCUGCAGAGAGCCACUUUAAUUGGAUAAUCUGCAAGUGAGGUUGACACAUGGCUGAGAAAGCUGCAACUUGCAAGGAGUAGAAAUUGUUUUCCGGCAGUAAACAAAUUUACCCAAAGAGGUGACCAGGAAGUGCUCUGGAGUAAUUGUGACUAUAUAUGAAUUGUUCGAAAAGUGUAACCAAAAUUUCCAUUGUUUAUAAGAAUACUAUCACAUGUGCUUUAUAAAGUGAAUGUUCUCAUGUUCUGUAGCUGAACUCUGUGUGGUUCAGCUAUCAUCAAUACACUAAAGAAAGCUUGAAAACCAUCUUUAAAUGGAAUCCAAUCUUUUUGUUUCUAUCUUAAUUUGUUUUGUAUGAAUAUAAUUAUGUUUCUUGAAUUGUACCUUUUUGUACAAAUGACCAAAAAUCUGUGAUGCCAUCGGCAAAAUAGGACCGUAAGCGCCUCCUCAUAUAACAAAAUGUUUGUAUACUUUACACAUACUUCAUACCAACUUUCAUCUUUAAGGUUUUGUGUUUGAAGUCUGAAAUUCCGGGGUUUAACAAGGUAAAAGAAAGUGUGAACAGGGUAAAAAAGAUACAAGGAGUUAUUGCUGCGGUUAUAAUAAUUACACAAAUUUAAGGAAAUGUGACUUAAUAUUACAGCCACACACCUUGUAUGAGCCUGUGACGUGUUCGCACGAGGCAUGUUAAGAGAAACUGACAAGGAGUUAAUGUCAUUUUGACAAAGUCACAGUGAUUUCAUGUGUCAAUUUAUCUUAUCUCAUAGGAAGUUGGUAAGCAGUGGGACGAGGCAAAAGGGCAUCUUUGAUUAGGAGUGCAGAGACACUUUGGUGAAGUUGAAAAUCAGACACGUGUAAGAAUUUUAGAUCAUUCAUUUGCAUCUAACGCCUGCCUAUGUGGAAUGAUGACAUCAUAUGGAUUUAUGCAGCUGGAAAACAUGUGGUUACUUAUUCUAAUAAUAAUAAUAACCCCUUCAUUAUGCCCAAGUUAAACAUUAAAUUUUUUCGUCAUUGGUUGAUGCAGGAGAUACAGCGUACACUGUUUCUUUUAAAAAAAAUCAAGUUUGGGACUUUUUUUGGUGGUUAAUUUUUGCUCAAACUUAAAGUGAAAAUCUGCAGCCAAGAAAUAAAACGUAAGUGAUGCAGGACAAGACCCAGGGCUGGACAUGACACGACUGCUUCUAUACAAGACACAGGCUGACUUUUUGAUGAUCACCCAUUAAAAACAUAUAAACCCUUGAUCCUACUGACUGUUACAAAGGUAUUGUCAGCUAACAUGGAUUUCUCAAUGAGGAAAACUGUUUGCACUAAUCUAGUGUGAAAUAUGUUAAAUAUAUUCUGUGUGAUUCACUUCAAAUUGAAUUAUUUAUUUAAAAAAAAACAUUAAAAGCUUCAGAGCAUUAGUUAAACUGGCUUAUAUUGUCUUUUAUUUCUGUAAGUGUUAUUCCCACACACUUUUAAUUUUCAAUCCUCUAAACAAAAAUAAUUCUGUGGCAUAAUAAUGAGACCAACAACAUUCAUUCAUAGAAAAAACACAAAUAAAUGCUUGUAAAACCACUUUUAACCUUUAACUGAAAAAUGUAAUGACAAUUAGUUGUGUUUAGGACAUGACUUUAAUGGAUUUAGAAAAUACAAAAGACAAACAGAAUUUGACACCAGAAAAGUCAUUAGUGAUUUAGAUCGUGAUUGCUCCAAGCAUCCACCAAAUACUUAGAAUUGGUUAAUAAGUUAUUCCAAAUAAACUUGUCUGUUAAGGUACUAUGUAAUCAGCAUUUCACUAUCAGAAUGAUAAACAGAAAUCACAACUUUAUCAUGCACAACUAAAAAACACAACCCCCAAAAAAAGAAAGAAAGAAAAGCAAUGCGAUACCAUAUCCCUCAAUAGGUAUCCUGCGCUGCUCAGCCUAUGGGCCUUGGGGUGAUAUAUAUGUGUGACCCAAAAGCAGGACCACAGCUCAGAGCAGAGAUGGCGACAUUCUGGUCCGUAUGUUGUUCACUGUGCUUAAUGUGUGUGGUCAUUUUGCACUCUUCUGAAGCCAGACCUGGACAUCCUGCUCCGGGGGUGUGUCCUAGUGCAGUGAGGCUCAUAGGUACGUGUAUUCACGAAUGUUAUCAACCAAAUGACUGCCCUCAUGGUUUGGUGUGCCGCUUCAAUGGAUGUGGACACGUAUGCGUUAAACAGAAACCUGGUCGCUGUCGCCGCAAUGUGCACCCACGCAAGUGUUUGGUGCCCUGCUGGUUUGAUAGCCAUUGUCCACGUAGACAGAAGUGCUGCAAAAUAUACGGCACUUACGCCUGCAUGUGACCGGACAGAGAGGGAAAUGCCUCAUAUUCCAAAGUAUGAGGGUGCCUGGUUGCUACAAGGCCACUUUGAUUAAAAUGUUCAAAA